AUGCCUCCCAAAAAGGUCCUCAUAAUCCUCAGCGACGCGACCUCCUUCCCCCUGCACAACACCUCCUCCGGCACGCAACAACAACCAACCGGCUUCUUCCUCCCCGAACUCGCCAAACCACUCUCCAAACUCCUCUCGGCCGGCCACGAAGUCACCUUCGCCUCUCCCAAGGGCCAAACCCCUCAACCCGACCCGAACAGCGAAUCCCUCCUCACCUUCGCCGGCAACUUCUACGAACGCCGGCGCGAGCAAGAGCUCAUCGAGCGCAUGCGCCGCGAAAACGGCUUCUCCUCACCGCGCCCCUUUGCUAGCAUCUCCGACGAUGAAUUGAAGACUUUCGCGGCGGUGUUCAUCCCGGGCGGACAUGCGCCGCUCGUAGACCUAGGUGGUGAUAAGGAGCUGGGCAGGAUCCUGAGGUACUUUCAUGGGGAGAAUAAGCCCACGGCGGCGAUUUGUCAUGGGCCGUUGGCGUUGUUGAGUACGAGGGUUAGUGGGGAUGGGGAGUUCGUGUAUAAGGGGUAUGAGAUUACGUGUUGGAGUGAUGCGGAGGAGAAGGUUAUGGAGACGUUGUUGAGGGGGGAGAUUGAGAAGGUGGAGAGUCAGUUGAGGGAUGCUGGGGCUGUGAUGGUAGAGGGGGGAAGGGAGAAGUUGGGUAAGACGACGCUUUGUAGGGAGUUGUUGACGGGAGCGAAUCCGUUGGCGGCGGAGGAGUUGGGGGAGAGGUUUGUUAGGAUGCUAGACGUGGUGGUGUGGGAGGAAUAG